GUCUAAUUUUAGGUUAGGGACCUGCGCAAUUUUGUGGUUGCAACUCUGUCUCUAUGCACGUUAAGAAAGGUUUAUUUGAAGUCAUACAACAGGGAAUUUCAAAUGCCUUGGAAAGAGGAAUCAGAAUUUACAAAGCAGGAUAAGGCUGCCAGAGUCAUUCAGCAGGCCUGGAAAAGUUUCCUUAAUGUCGCUAUAUUUCAACACUUUAAAAGUCUGAUUGAUUUAAGAAGACAGGGAGAACCACGUCAGAUAGUGAAAUAUAUUAAUCCCAAAGAGGCAGAGCUUCUAGAUGCUGCUGCUGGCAUUCAUGUGCGAUUCAGAUUAGGUGGAGUUAAAUUUCCACCUGAUAUAUACUAUAAGAUUUUUACUCACAGACCUAUUGAAGAUCUGUGUGCUAACAGCCCUAGAAAUUAUGCAAAACUUCCAGCAAAGCAUACAUCUCAUAAUAAAAAUGAUCAUCUUCAGGAAGAGGAUCAUAGUGGCUGGUAUCAUCGUAUAGAAAACAAUGGCUGGAGGCCAGUUUCUGAUACAUUUUGGCUAUCUACUGAUGGUAUGGUGGUGGAAGACAAAAAGGAAAGUGAAUUCCAUUUCUCUAAACUGAAGAGAAGGCAAGAUUUGGAAAAGAAAAGAAAACUUAGAAAAAUAGAGUGGAUGAGGCAAAUGUACUACUCAGGAAGUCUGGAGGCUAAGUCAACACAUCAUGAAACUCUAGGACUAAUUCACACUGCAACAAAGGGGCUGAUUAGAGCUUUUGAAGAUGGGGGGAUAGAUUCUGUGAUGGAAUGGGAAGUGGAUGAAGUGCUGAACUGGACAAAUACACUGAACUUUGAUGAGUACAUUGCCAGCUGGAAGGAAAUUGCUACAAGCAACUCUUCGGCUAACUUCAAAGGAUUCAGGUUUAAUCAAGCACAGAAAAACAUAUAUAACUAUGGAGGAGACAUAUCAAAGAUGCAAAUGGGAAUACCAGAUGAUACUUACUAUGAAAAUGUUUAUCAAGAACCAAAUGUAACUAGAUUAACCCCUGAUUCUACUUACGGACUAUAAAAACCAAUGGCAAACUGUAACAAAUGACAACAUGUAUGAAAAGAAUUUGAAAUGGGUAAAAGAAAAAAGAAUGUAUUUUUAACCUUGGGAAUAGCACAGCCUUGGAUUUAAUUUUACCAACGUAUUAUUGAGACCUAUUUCAGCAAACUCCUUGUAGCAAAAUCUGUAUUACCAUCUGCAGUCCAAAGGAGAUCUAUAAAGAUGCCUCGGUUCAUAAAGGUGCACACAGGACCACCCUGAUGGACUGUUACUCAUCUUCCAAGGGAUAAAGCCCCACCCUUAUUGACCACAGGCUUAAUGGUUAAUGCCAAUGAAUUAAGACAGUUCUCAUAUCCUAGCUGAACAGUAGGAGAGAUUUUUAAAAAUGCACAUAUUCCUGCCCCAUCUCUAGAAACCUGGUUUGAAUUUGAUCAGCAUCAAUGUUUUUUAAAUGCAGUACAAGUAAUACUAACAUGCAGCCUGUCCAACAUAAAUCAGGUUAAAGGAAGAAAAGCUGAGUAGUGGAAAAGUGGCAAGCCCAUACUGCACUCUACCUGCCAUGCUUCCCUGGGGAGGCCACACUCCUGAUUUCUUGUCUCACAUACCCUUACCAGAUUGGUGAAUGACUGGCAUAGGUACUAACAGCACAGACACUGAAAUUUGUUUGACUUCCUUUUUUCUGCCCUGGAUCAAGACAGGGCAGUGAUCCUGAUUACAUGUGUUUGCUCUGCAGGCCCAAACCCUAUUCAGGUGAGCUGUCCCAAAGUUAAGACAGCAGAGAGGUACUGAGGUAGCACCAGCAGUAAACUAGUCUGGCCCUCAUUCCUAAGCCACGUUCCUCUAGUAAUGAUGCUGACAAUUUGAUCUCCAUUUGUCUGACUAAUUAGUUCUGAACCUGAGCAGGGAAAAAGGAGAUAUAAAUUUCUGAUUUUUCUUAAACCCUAAUGGAAACCAUUCUGAAAAUAAUAAUACCAUAUGGAAUAUCUAAAUGUCAAAGAAUUGAUUUAUGAAUUGAAAACUAGAGACUACUUACAAUGCUCUAACAUUACAAGAAACUCGAGGGGGCUGAAGGCAUUUCUAAACCAGUAUUGUUGGAUGUGUGAAAAGGCUAAGUGCGCAAUCUCCUCCUUUCUGCUGCCCAGCCACAUCCCCCUAUGUUAAAAUGAAGCAGUGCUCUUCACAUCAGUGACUUCCUGACGAGAUACACAGUCUACCUG